AUGCUACUGUCCUACGGGUGCCUAUUCUCGGGUCUGGUGUUGGUAUUGGUGCGGAUCCUAUUGUUUUUGCAACUAUUGAGAGCCCACCGCAACUUCGGCUACGGUCUCGCCGACUCAGGUCUCGAUCAGACAUUUAAUAGUGAGGAAAACAUUGAUACAAAUAAUGUGAACGAAAAGUGUCCGCAGCUUUCGUUCAGUGAUAAUGACAUCGAAGUGGCGCUCAAUAGAGCCCAACAAAUGAGAGACAAAUUAAAACACAUUGAGAGCGAUAUCCAAACGAAAGGCCUGUUCAUCGAUACGACAAAAAUAUCGGCCGCCGCUCGACAUCUCAUUCCCUCUCAGAAUAAACUCUAUUUACGGGAAUUACACGAAAAUCAGCGCUUCUUCGAGGAUGUGUCGCGACAUUUGAUACAAAAUCGAAGUCUGAGUCGAGAGGAAGCCCUGUCUCUAAAGGACUCUAACGUCGAGUCGCAUAAACUGAUUCGUCGGAAACGCCAGACGUGUCGCUCCCAACAGCCCGUCCCGUGCGUUAAGAGUCGCUUCCGUACGGCUGACGGCAGUUGUAAUAACGCCCGCAAUACUCGGUGGGGAAAGUCGUUUGAAUGUGUGGCCAGACUUCUGGACCCGGAAUAUGCGGACGGAGUAUCUGUGCCACGAGUGGCCCGUUCCGGUCGACCACUACCUAACCCUCGCAUACUGUCGGUGACGAUUCACCCGCAGGAGGACUUCAGUGCCAACUUCACCCAUAUGUUGAUGCAAUUUGGGCAGUUCCUCGACCACGACAUCUCCCUGUCCCCUGUGACCCAACUCCGCUCUGGUGGCAUCCAGUGCUGCCCCCGACCCACACACCCGGACUGCUUCGAGAUACCCAUCCUUCCCAACGAUGGCUUCUUCAACCGGAUGGGCAAACGGUGUAUCAAUUUCGUGCGAUCCAUACCGUGCGAGUCGUGCCGUACCGGCGCCCGACUCCAGAUGAACGAGUUGUCCGCUUUCAUAGACGCCUCCAACGUUUACGGCAAUAGUCUGAACGAGUCGUUCGCGCUCCGGGAUAAGGACGGUCUGUUAGCCGUCGGUCUCGACAGGAAAGGGAGACAUAUUUUGCCCGAAAGUAAUAAUAUAGCCAAUGAUCAGUGCAGUCGACCCAACAAAGUAUGCUUUCGCGCCGGCGAUAACUCCCGCGUCAACCAACACCCGGCGCUCACGACUUUGCACACACUUUGGAUGAGACAACACAAUAGGGUUGCCUCAGCUCUCAAACAAUUGAACCCGUCGUGGGACGCCGAGCGUGUGUUUCAAGAAACCAGGCGUAUAAUCGGCGCCCAAAUGCAAAUGAUAGCCUACAAUGAAUUCUUGCCAGUAGUUUUGGGUCCAAAAGUCAUGCAAUUUUACAAACUAAACAUUUUGGGCACCGGUUUCACGAAAUACGACCCUGCUGUCAACCCCUCCAUACUAUCGGAGUUCUCGACGGCAGCCUUUCGGUUCGGGCACAGUAUAGUGAACGGCAGGUUCUCUCUCAUCAGCUCAUCCACGCCCUCCCAGAAGUCAUCCUACAAUCUGAGGGACAACUUCUUUACGCCCACUCGUAUGCACAACGGACAGAUGGACUUCAUUCUCAGGGGACUGGUGGGUCGGAACGCCCAAAGAUUUGACCCCUUCUGUCACGGAGACCUCCGUAACCAUCUGUACCAACCCAGGGGACAGGUGUCCGGCUCAGACCUACCCGCUAUGAAUAUACAGAGAGGUCGCGAUCACGGGAUACCCGGUUAUGUACAUUACCUGCGGUUUUGUUUCAAUGAACAAAUCACAUCGUUUGAACAAUUGGAUCAAUACAUGCCGUCGAGUCAGAGACAGCGGUUCCAACAGAACUACCAACACGUCGAAGACAUUGACCUCUUCUCCGGUGGCAUAUCGGAGCUGCCGAUGAACGGUGCGAUAGUCGGGCCCACGUUUGCCUGUAUUAUCGGCACUCAGUUUAAUCACUUGAAAUCUGGAGACCGUUUCUACUUUGAACACGAGGGACAGGACGGCUCAUUCACCUCUGGUCAAUUACAGGCCUUACGAAAGACAUUGUUUUCGCGAAUCAUUUGCAUAAACGGCGAUAACUUUAAAGAAAUUCAUUCAAAAGUGUUUCAAUUAAAUAGCGAUAGGACGUGUCUCACCAUUUGUCUGAUUGUCUUAUUCUCAACAUUUGUAACCAUCAAAGCGGAGGAAUCUCUUCUGAAGAAUGAAGAGAUUGAGGAUAAAAAUGAGGAGAAAAUUGAAACUGAUUUUAAAGAUACAGACUUUAAAGACACGGACUUUAAAGACAAAGACAUUAUAGACAAAGAUAUAGUGAAGAACAAUGACGUCUAUCCGGAUCCUAAUGAAGAAUACACCGGGAACAAUGAAUAUUCCGGAUAUUCCGGUGGAUAUGACCCUGAUACUGGAUACGGACAAGUCAAUGGUUACCCCGACAAUGGAUAUGGAAAUGAUAACUAUAAUAACUAUAAUAAUACCAACGGAUCCACGAAUUACACCACCGAUAAUUAUUAUGCCGGCAGCAGAUAUCAUAAACCUAAUGCUCCCGCGGCCUAUACCUUCCCGGGUGCUGUACAUUACGUACCGGUGCCGGUGGUACCCCCUGUCUAUUAUCAAAACUACCGAAACCCUGCGUACUAUCAGUACCUGCGCCUUAUGUACGGCCGAUAUAACUAUAACUACCGACAGCCUAGCCAUCAGCCGUACAAUCAAUUCAAUUAUAAG